UUCUCAAGCCAACUCCCUUCAACCACCACCGCGACACCCAACAUUCAAGUUUCUUUUUUUUUCUUUUUCUUUUUCUUCUAUCCGAUUUCUACCUGGAAAAUAAGUACGAAAUUUCUUUUAAAAAAAUCCCUUAUGCUACUGUUUCAAGAAAAACAAAACAAAAAAGAAAAAAAACAACUCAAUUCUGUUCAAAAAUAGUUCUAUAUACUCAUCGGUUGCUUUGCAACUGAUAAACUCUUUUACAGUUUCAGAGUUUACAAAAAAGCAUGGCAUCAGAUCAUGAGCAACCCGGGCUUUCCUCUUUUGGGAAGGUGGGAAAGUCUUCUGGUGAGAUUGGUGCAGAACAUGAACCUCUUAUUAAUGGGAUUCACAGUUCUGAAAACUAUUCUGCUUCUGCUGCGAUCUUUCCGUUUCUGUUCCCAGCUCUUGGAGGACUCCUAUAUGGUUAUGAUAUUGGUUCUACAUCCUGCGCCACAAUUUCUAUUGAGUCAGCAAGCCUAAGUGGAAUGUCAUGGUAUGACCUGUCUUCUGUCGAAAUUGGUCUCAUUACUAGUGGCUCAUUAUAUGGGGCCUUGAUUGGCUCAGUCUUGGCCUUCAAUAUUGCUGACUUUCUAGGACGACGAAGAGAGUUAAUUACAGCUGCCAUCAUGUACCUUGUUGGAGCACUUGUUACAGCAUUUGCACCUGACUUAGUAGUUAUGGUGAUUGGGCGUUUGGUGUAUGGCAUAGGGAUUGGGCUGGCAAUGCAUGCUGCUCCAAUGUACAUUGCUGAGACAGCUCCAAGUCAGAUUCGCGGUCUGCUAAUUUCUCUCAAGGAGUUCUUUAUAGUUCUUGGGAUGGUUGCUGGUUAUGGAAUUGGCAGCCUCUUAGUUGAAACUGUUGCUGGCUGGCGCUAUAUGUAUGGAGCUAGUACCCCUUUGGCAGUGAUCAUGGCAAUUGGAAUGUGGUGGCUUCCAGCAUCACCCAGAUGGCUGCUAUUGUGUGCCAUACAGGGAAAAGGCGAUAUGCAGGAGUUAAGAGAAACUGCAAUAUGUUGUUUAUGCCGGCUCAGGGGUCAAUCUAUUGGUGACUCAGCUUCUGAGCAGGUAGAUGAGAUUUUGACUGAGCUUUCUUAUGUUGGUGAAGAAAAAGAAGCUACACUAGGGGAAGUGUUCCAUGGAAAAUGCUUGAAAGCCCUCAUUAUUGGUGCAGGUUUAGUUUUGUUUCAACAGAUCACUGGUCAACCAAGUGUGCUAUAUUAUGCUGCAUCAAUCUUUCAGAGUGCAGGAUUUUCUGCAGCAUCUGAUGCUACCCGAGUCUCUAUUCUACUUGGUUUACUGAAGUUGAUCAUGACAGGAGCAGCUGUUGUAGUUGUUGAUAGGCUUGGGAGGAGACCUUUACUAUUGGGUGGUGUUUCUGGCAUGGUUGUUUCUUUGUUCCUUCUUGGAUCAUAUUACCUUUUCCUGGAUGAUGUGCCAGCUAUUGCUGUUGCUGCACUGCUGUUGUAUGUUGGCUGUUAUCAGUUAUCCUUUGGUCCUAUUGGUUGGCUGAUGAUUUCGGAGGUUUUUCCGCUACGCCACAGAGGGCGAGGACUUAGUAUUGCUGUGCUUGUGAAUUUUGGAGCAAAUGCACUUGUAACGUUUGCAUUCUCUCCUUUGGAGGCAUGGCUGGGAGCUGGAAUUGUAUUUUAUGUGUUUGGAGUGAUAGCUAUGUUGUCUCUGCUCUUCAUAUUCUUCAUCGUACCGGAGACAAAGGGGCUAACUCUCGAAGAAAUUGAGGCUAAAUGCCUAUAGGUUUGUUGCUACCUAUUAUACCAUUUAGUGCUAUACAGAAUAUCCCUAUGUAAUUUCAUCUAUGCGGGGCAGUUCCUUCUUUUUUUAUUUUUUUCCAAAAAAACAAAAACUUGUGCAACUUUUAGGUAUAAGAAUAAUAGUAAAACUUAAUUUCUAUCUCAUGGCGAUCCCUUCUCUUUAGAAGACAGUAACACAAAUUUUUUAUACGUCUUGCUGCUCUGUUCUGAUUUA